CGGCGCCUACCCGGAAAUGAAAACCUGCGGUAAAGAAGUCGGCCACGUGGUUUGUUUUUUUUCAGCAUGGUUGCUCCUUCUGGGAAGAUCAACCGGCCGCGGACGGAGCUGCGGAAAAAACUCUUCAAACGGCGCCGUGUCCUGAGCAAGGAGAAGCGAAAAAAACACCGCAUUGUGGGAGCGGUGGUGGAUGAAGGUCUUAUCACCGUUCACCACCUGAAAAAGCGAUCAUCCAGUUCACGGGCAAACAUUACUCUCUCAGGGAAGAAGAAAAGAAAACUGCUUAAACAACUGCGUCAUACCAAUAAGGAAAAAGCAGAAAUGCAGGUUGAUGUUUCUCCAGUUCAGAGUGCAAAAAGGAAGAAGAAAAAGGAGGCAACUCCAAAAGACUGUCCAGAUGUUGAGAUGGUGGAAAUUAACAUGACGCCUGGAUUGGAAAGCUGAACCUGGCUUCCGAAAUCUUGAAAACCAGUUUCUUUUCUCUUCUCCAGCCUAUCGGUGACAGCAUUCCUAGUUGGGGGUAGGGCUGGAUGGAGAAGGAGGAGGAAAAGACAGGUUACCCCCACCCCACCCCCCCAAAAUUCAGAGAAAUCAGCUUUUCAACCAGUUUAGCUCCAUAAAGUUUGUUUGCUUUUAACAGGAAUUUAAACCCAUCAACCACAUUUUGAGAGGGUGUGUCUGAUCCCUUUUUCUUUUGGUGAUCAGCUCCCAAUUCCUGAAUUUGAGGAGUUACAAAAUCGUUUAAAAUUUAGCUAGCCUGAACUUGUACCUUAAAAAGGGGUGCUUGAUAAGACAGAAGCUUUACAAGUAAGUAGUUUAAGAUUUUCAGUGGCCAUACCAGAUUAUGGCACAGAUACCUAGAACUGUUCGUGUGUACAGUUAAUCAUACAAGAUGCCAAAUUUUUUUUAGCAUUGGCAACCAAUUUCAGUUGAAAGAGACGUGCACAGCAAAGAUACCUAUUUUCAUAUGUUCAAAUUGUCUGUGUUCUUAUCCAUAUAA